AUGAGAAUGAGCUUGAUUUCUAAAAAUAAAAUUACAUUUGUUGACGGUUCCAUUAAGACACCUGAUAAAGAUGAUGCUACGUAUUCUGCUUGGGAAAGAUUUGAUGUCUGGGAAGAUCUAAAAGAUAAAUUCUCACAAAGUGAUAUCCAUAGAUUAUGUGAUUUACAAGAAGAGAUUUAUGGUUUUAAGCAAAACAACCUUUCGGUUAAUGAUUAUUAUACACAUUUAAAAAUGUUGUGGGAUGAGUUAUCCAGCUUUAGGCCUAUUCCGAAAUUUCUAAAGGGGCUUAAUGAGAACUUCUCAGUUGUCAAGUCACAGAUCAAGCUUAUGGAUCCAUUGCCUCCAAUCAACAAAGUCUUUUCAAUGGUCUUGCAGCAUGAAAGAGUGAACAAUGUGAAUACAAAGGUUAAUAUUUUCUACAGCAGAGGCACAAAUUAUGGCAAUAAGCUAUUUAAGAAACCUGGAUAUAGCUAUGGAGGUUCAAUUAAGAAACCUACGGAAAAUGCUAGCUAUGCUAAUCAUGUUGAGGCAGGGCAAUACACUAUAGAUAAAGUGAUGAGUAAUUCUGGUAAAGAAGUUGUAGCUGAAAAGCAUAAGGGUUCAGGUAGCAAUUCAGGAGGUCAAUUCCCAUUUACUCAGGAGCAAUAUCAAAGGAUUGUAGCUUUGAUUCAAACUAAUGCAAAUGCAGUGUCAUCACCUACAACUAUUGCUCAUGUUAACACACUUUCAACUAAGUUUGUACCCUCUAAACCAGAUCGGUUUCCUUAUAAGGGGUUGACUGUUACAAGUGAUUCUACUCAGUUGGAUCAUUCAUCUUCCAUCUCUACUUUUGUUCUUGAUGAUUUUGAUUAUAUGAAUGAUUUUUUAAAUGCAUCAAAUCAAACUCCUACCUCACAAACACCUGCACCUGCAUCACAUAUUGCUCAUACAUCACCAAUCCUACAUGAUCCAACUGCUGAACCACUCUUUACUAAUCAAGACCUUCCAGACUUGAGGAGAACAACUAGAACCUCCUAUUUGCUUACACAUCUUCGAGAUUACCAAUGCACAUUACCCCCAUCUCUCUGA